AUGACUUCCGGUGGUUCCCCGGUAUGCAGCCCUUCCGAGUCCUGUGCCGGAGACCCAGGCUGUGAUGCCGCUCGCCUCCCCAGUGCUGGCCCGGUGCCUGGGUGUCAGGCACCGAGCUUCCUCCCCAGGGCUCACCUGCCCCUGGGGUGCCUGGCACCGUGCUACCUGUCUGGCAGCUGUGAUGGUCCCUGCCUGGUAGAGAGUGGAGUUUGGUGUGAAGAUGGGGCAUUCAACUGCCAUGAGAAGGAGACGAUGCAGUUCCUGAAUGACAGACUGGCCAGCUACCUGGAGAAGGUGCGCUCCCUGGAGGAGACCAACGCAGAGCUGGAAAGCAAGAUUCAAGGACAGUGGGAGCUGGAUGCCCUGUUCGUGUGCCCGGAUUGCCAGCGUUACUUCCACACCAUCGAAGAGCUCCAACAAAAGAUCUUGUGCACGAAGGCAGAGAACUCCAGGCUUGCUGUGCAACUUGACAACUGCAAACUGGCCGCCGCCGACUUUCGGUCAAAGUACGACAGUGAGCUGUCCCUGCGGCAGCUGGUGGAGAACGACAUCAGCGGCCUGCGGGGCAUCCUGGGGGAGCUGAGCCUGUGCAGGUCCGGCCUGGAGGCCCACGUGGAGUCGCUGAAGGAGGAGCUGCUGUGCCUCAAGAAAAGCCACCAAGAGGAGGUCAGCGUGCUUCGGGGACAGCUUGGAGACCGACUCAGCGUGGAGCUGGACACGGCCCCCACCGUGGACCUCAAUGGGGCCCUGGAGGAGAUGCGGUGCCGGUACGAAACGGUGCUCGCCAACAACCGCAGGGAGGCGGAAAAGUGGUUCUCGGCCCAGGCGGAGGAGCUGAACCAGCAGCAGCUGUCCAGCGUGGAGCAGCUGCAGGGCUGCCAGACGGAGAUCCUGGAGCUGAAGCGUUCGGCCAACACUCUGGAGAUCGAGCUGCAGGCACAGCAGAACCUGACUGAGUCUCUGGAAUGCACUGUGGCUGAAACCGAGGCCCAGUACAGCACCCAGCUGGCCCAGAUGCAAGGCCUGAUCGACAACGUGGAGACACAGCUGGCUGAGAUUCGCUGCGACCUGGAGCGGCAGAACCAGGAGUAUCAGGUGCUGCUGGACACCAAGGCCCAGCUGGAGUCGGAGAUCAGCACGUACCAGGGCCUGCUGGACAGCGAGGACAGCAGGCUCACCAGUAACCCAUGUUCUAUAAUGCCUGCGUCGAGCAGCACUUGUGAGCCCGUCUCAGCCUUUGUCCUCUGUACUGUGGAAAACUGCUGUGCGUGA